CUCGACUACAUCAUCAGAUACCCGACAUGGAGAAAUUUUCUAAUGGAGCACGUAACGGUCACGCUAACGAGGGCUUUGAUGCCGUCGAGAAGCUUCCGGACGAUCUUGAAAACUUAGGCUGUCAGGGAGAGACUCCACCUGUGAUACAAUCGGAGGAAAAACCAGAAUGGAGUGGAAAUCUGCAGUUCCUGAUGGCCUGCAUCGCGACAUCGGUGGGUCUGGGUAACGUCUGGAGAUUUCCCUACACAGCCUAUGAGAAUGGAGGUGGAGCCUUCCUGAUUCCCUACAUCAUAAUCUUAGUCCUUGUUGGGAAACCUUUCUACUAUCUCGAGGCAGCCAUCGGUCAAUUUACCAGCAGAUCCUGCACAGGAUUGUGGAAUAUAACUCCAGCGAUGAGAGGAUUAGGAUUCGGCCAGGCGUUCGUCGGAAGCUACGUAGUCAGUUACUACUGCUCAUUGAUGGCCCUCGCCCUUCUGUACCUAGUCGCGAGCUUUCAGAGCGAACUACCCUGGUCUUACUGCUGGGAUGAGUGGACUGAUCCCUGCGUAUCUCAACAUUCGAAUUUGAGUGAGAUACAGGCCUCCGGUCAGAAAGUUACCGGCUCUGCUGAAUUAUAUUUUCGGAGAGAAGUCUUGAAAGAAACUGAUUCCAUAGAAUCUGGAAUAGGCCUACCUUCCUGGAAGUUGACAAUCUGCCUAGCUCUGACCUGGCUGUGUGUCUUCAUCGUCCUCCACCGGGGGAUCAAGGAGACCGGAAAGGCCGUGUACUUCUUCGCCAUCUUCCCCUACAUCAUCAUGCUGGCUUUACUGAUCAGGGCAGUUACUCUGGAAGGUGCUGUCAAUGGCAUUCUAUUCUUCAUUACACCUAACUGGAAUAAACUCUGGGAUCCAAACGUCUGGUAUGCAGCCAUCACCCAGUGCUUCUUCUCCCUCUCCGUUUGCUUUGGACCAAUCGUCACUUACUCAUCUCAUAAUCGUUUCUUCCACCCCAUGCAUCGGGAUGUGAUGAUUGUUACAACGUUGGACACUUUGACGAGUUUCAUGGCGGGAUGCACGAUAUUCGGAAUUCUUGGGAAUUUAGCGUAUGAGAUGGGGACGGAUGACAUUGGCAGCGUGGUCAGAGGUGGCUCAGGACUGGCAUUCAUCUCGUACCCCGACGCCCUGGGGAGAUUCAGCUUCGUUCCCCAACUUUUUUCAGUCCUGUUCUUCGUCAUGAUAUUUGUCCUGGGAUUGGGAACUGCAAUGGCACUUGCUGGAACGCCAUUCCUAGCUUGUUGUGAAUACAUGCCGAAUGCGAAGAAAUGGGUUAUUACGCUGGUCAUUUCGGUGAUUGGAUUUGGUGUUGGACUUGUUUAUAUUACUCCGGGAGGACAAUGGCUGGUCGCUCUAGUUGAUUACUACGGGGGCACUCUAGUUGCCAUUGUCAUCGGAGUGCUGGAAAUAAUUUCCAUUUUCUGGAUUUAUGGGCUGAAUAACUUCCUGGACGACGUGGAAUUCAUGCUCGGAGUGAGACCAGGAAUCCUUUGGAGACUCUGCUGGCUGAUCAUCACUCCCGCGCUCAUGAUCGUCAUCAUGAUUUACACUUUUGUCAUUUACUCGCCGCUAACUCACGAUGGGAAAUACUAUCCUAAUUGGGCAUAUGCGACCGGGUGGAUUCUAUUCUUUCUCGCAAUGGUCCAAAUUCCAGGAUGGAUCUUCUAUUAUGUGGAUAAACAUGAUAAAUUACCAAUCGGGAAGGCAAUUAAAGCUGCAUUUGCGCCAUCACCCGCUUGGGGCCCGAAAUGUCAGGUACAUCGGGAGAAGUGGCUGGAGUUCAUCAACGACAAAAAAUCUACACGCAAAAAGGGAUUAAGACAAUUAUUACUAGACUAAAAGAAUAGGGGGAAUUCAAAACUUCUGACUUUCCUUGAAAUAUUCAUAAAUCAGAAAUGAAUUCAUCGAUUGAGUUCAAUUGAUGGAAAAAAAAUUAUUUACACCUACAUUAAACAAAACAUUAUUGUAAAUGACGAAAAAUGACUGUACCAUGUGACUAAAAAAAAUAUAAACGACAAUAAUUAUUCCAAGAAUUAAAUUAAUAAAAUAUCAUUUGUUCAC